AUGACCUCACAAAACGACCACGAUGCCUCGAUUCAGGCAGAACAGAAUUGCUCUGAAGAUGCCCUUAGUGACCGGGAUAUAUGCGAGACCGAGCAAUCUAUCGAGGGAGAAAGCUCAACGCUAAAUGCGGUUGAAGAAAACAUACCGCAGACACCCAACAGACAUCAAGAAGCUAACGGCGUUGCUCGCAGUGAGAGCAAAAAGUCCAUUGAAGCUCCAGCCGUGGUACCUAGAGAUCUAGCAAAAGCCGAAUUCCCGAGAUCCCACAAGCUUUCAACGCUGGCCACGUCGACGUUCGUUCUAGCUUGCUUGACUGUGCCUUGUUGCGUCGCUUUCAUCAGCUUUCUCUGGUCCAAUCCGAAUGGCACUAGGAACAACGAAACGUGGCUCAAAAUAGUCCUGAAUGAUUGGGUUCUGAAGUCUAUCACAAUAAGCACCUUGAUUCUACGAGCUGCUAUUAGUUCCCAAGCAGCUAUCGCAACUUCGAUGCUAGCUUGUAUCAUAAUGGAGACCAAAGGGGUCGCUUUACAUCGUUCAGCGGCUGUAUCUGCCCUGCGUUACGUCAACAACGGGCCACAGAGCCUGACCCUCGCUCUGCGAGACACAUACUCCCAUGCUGGGCCCUGGGCGCCAGUCACCUUGCUACUCUACCUCACUACAUUCGCUCUGCAAUUUGGAUCAACGAUACUCGUGGGUGAUCUCGCCAUUGGAUCGCUCAUAGACCAAGACAAGGCCGAAAAAACUUUUGCGGCGCUGUCCUGGUCAGCAGGAAUCGGUCAGCUCAAUGCGACCAGAUUAGUAGGGGACACUUCAUACUGGGAAGAAUUUCUUCCGGACUUCCCUAUCUUCGCUGAGAAUCAUGAGAAGCCCUCAGCAAGUGAGAUGUCGUCAGAUUAUCCAGUAAGAGAUACAGGGACGACUCUGAGGGCCUUUAUUCCAUUAUCUAACCAGUCUGAACGAACAAUGCUUCACUCGUAUGUCGGCAUGGCUACUGUGGAGGACUCAAGGGUUAUAUGCGUUAGGCCCAAGCUUCACCAAUAUUUCAGCAUUGGCUACGAAUCGGAAAAUUUAGGCUAUCUUUUGAACGGCACUCUAGUACCAGAAAUCGUGCCUCCUGGCCUUAUACUUGCAGAGGAGCCAGCCCUGACUUCCGGUCUACUACCGGUUACAUAUGGCGUCGACACAAAACAGUCCAGCAAUUCUUCAGUAACCCUUAGUUGGAGUCAACAAAUACCCUUCGCUCAUGAUGCUGGGAAAUGGGCCAUAGCCCAGAAUCUCAUGUAUUUUGGCCCAGCACUCGUCUCAUCCCUGGACCCACGUUAUCCCAACAUAGCUACGGAUGCUUCUAUGAACUUUACCAUGGAGAACCCAGAUUACCUUGCCUGGAAUCUGUCCUACUAUCAAGAAGGAGACAGUGUCCAAUUGAUGACCGGUAGGAGCUACGAGCUACUAAAUACCACUGUUUCCAGGCCCGAAAACAACACCAACAUGUUCUUCAGCCCAAUGCAAGAACAAAAUAAGCUGGCUAUCAACUCCCAAGACGAAUGGCUGGUAUUCACGAUUCCCAAUAUCCCAGACUUCCGGCUUUCCGUAUCCCUCUGUUUCGACUCGUUCGCCUCAAUCAACGCCGAAGUCAACUCCACGAGCCAGCAGCCCAGCAACGAGCCUUCUCUGGGGUCCUGGAAUGCUUCCACUGGACAUUUGGACACGACAAAAUUGCGAGAGCAACUCGGUGCGCUCCCAAGCCAGAGCCAAGCCCCCACGGACCGAGGCAUCAUGAGCCUUGAGACUGGCGCAGAGGAUCUCAGAGACCAGGUCCAGGCCUGGUAUGCCGAGGCAAAGCUCCAGGGCGCGGGAAACAUAUCCUUCCCGACCCAAAAUUUCCUCGCCAUGGUCAGCAAAGACACGUACUCCUGGGGAACCUGGAUGUGCGCAGAUUGCGGGAUGGACUUUGUGAACCACUCCGCUAUCAACAUCAGUUACGUCCCCAACAACGCCCUCCAGGAGCAAAUCUUCCAGGAUGUAGUUCAGACCACAGGGGACACCUCGAGGGCCUGGCAGGCAUAUUACACCAUCCUCGGCCGUCUAGCUUACUAUGAGACACUGCCAUAUUUUGAUGUUGAAGCCAAUGUUUCGGUGACGUCGUUUAGGAACAUCCAGUUCCCCCAGUCCAGCAGGGGCCUGGCAGCCGUCUGUGCCAUGCUUUUUGUGCAUGUUGGCCUCAUAGUUUUGGUCACGACGGCUUUCCUGGUGCAAACUCGGAUCUCCCGAAUUGGUGAUAACGCAUGGCUCAAUUUAGUACAGGCUGAUUUAGCGGCCAUGGAACAUGUGUUCAAGGCGUCCGCGACCGUCGCACUUGAUCGAGCGAGAGCUGUGCCUGGAACAACUCUGCAGAGCUUCUCGUCGACUGUGGCGCCGGCUAUGACUAUUUCGACGGACAGUGUGGCCUGCGUAUGGGGACUACGGACCCCUCAUUGUUUGGACGAUAUUGACUGA